UUUUAUCAAUGUCGUUUAACAUACUUAAUUACUUAUUUAGAUCAUAAAACAGUUUGAUCAUACUUUAAUUGACAUUUAAAAUUAAGAAAACGUUACGAGAUAUUUUCAUUAUGGGAUAUGAACGAUCUAAAAAAGAAGCUGACGAAGAAAUUGACAAUGUUGUACUACAAACGAUUGAGUUAAUGGAUAGUUAUUGCAGUUCUAUGGGUCGCCUUGAAAAUUGUUUACGUGAAGGUUGUGUACAAUUAGCUAAAACUAGGUAUGUUGUUGGAAAUCGAAACGUAUCUGAUCUACAAUUACCAACUACUAGACCCUAUUUAGCUAGAACAUUACUUACUACGAAAGCUGAUAAGGUUAUACUCAGUCAACAUGAAAACGGAGAUGACCCUCUUAAAAGAUUUGGAAUACUAGUUCCAAAUAGUUUACGCUUAGCUCAAAAUCAAUUUUGCAAAUGUUUAGAAUCUACUGUUGAAGCUGUAAAUAUUAAAAAUGAAUUGGAUUAUUUACAGAAAAAAUUAAGAAACCUAAAAUUAAAAAAGAAAGAAAUGAAUUAAGUAUUAC